AUUGAAGUGUGAAACAUGAAGCGCGGUGGGAGCUCCCGGUGUGGCUCUGUGAUGGUUCCAUUGGUUUUUGAUCCACGUUCCCGCCCCUUUCCUCCUGCUCCGCGCUGCGCCGCUCCUCACACCCGGCGCACCAGCGGGACAGUCCGGCUGCACCUCCCGCUCUCUCGGACCGCAUGAGCUUCAAAUACAUUCUUAAUGGAAAGAUAAUUAUACCUGAGUCAAGCCUCUCUUAAACUUCAGUUUUCAGAGAUGGUUCCAUGGUGCGACCGCAGAAGUAUUUGCAGCUGGAUUCAAACCUAUUUCUGAGCUGAUGUCGACAAAGCCAAAGCCAAAGGCAAGCAGGGGAAACCAGGCGACCUGACCACAAUCCAACCGUCCCAGCUGCUUCCAGGAACACAACUGCGCAGUGUUCUCCUCAAUUUAUGUCUGUUUAAUUCAGCCAGCUAUGCAUAACAACACGCUACCAAGAGUGGGACAAAGUUUGGCCUGCACUUGAUAAACAGAGAUAAUAAUCCGGUGAAGUAUUUGGCGCUGCAGACCUGGAGUUUUACUUUUCAGCUUUAGGAAUAACACGCUUGAAGAUCUCGAAAUAACCAUUUACAACUUUUUCAAGGCCCACACUUUGAACUGCUGACCUGUCCAUGAUUUCGGCGAUAAUCAUAGAGGAGAAAAGUUGAACUUCAGUAGUAUAAAGGCAGGUCUAGACAUUGUUACAGAUACAUUUGCAAGAAAUACUGAGCCAUUUUGUCUCUGGGGACCAUGAAUCUUCAGGAGAAGCUUUCAGGCCUUAAAGGUCUCGUCACACACUCCCAUGGCAAGCGACGCCAUAAAGGUGACCUCACAUUGGAAAUGAUCAGCCCUCCUCUGGGUGACUUCCGACACACCAUGCAUGUAGGCCGUGGAGGCGAUGUCUUUGGUGACACAUCUUUUCUUAGCAAUCAUGGCGGCACAGGCAAUGGGAACAACGCGGAAACAGAUUCUUUGUCCUCCCCUGACAACAAGAUUGGAGCCUUCUUCUCCAGAACGCUCCGUCACAUUAGGAGGGGCUCUGACAACAGACCAACAGUAGGACCAAAAGAUCUGUCGCCACCGCCGCCUGCCAUUUCUCCAAUCAUCAAGAAUGCUGUGUCCCUCCCCAGACUGGAUGUGGAUAUGCCUAAUGGAUGUCCCACCUCCAAAGUGCUCUUCCCCAGUUCUCAGAGCACACCAGAGGAGAUGAAAAGUAAAUAUGGUCUGGAGUCUGGUUUCGUCACUCUGCCUCGUCUCUCUCGCUCUGAGCGUCAGCAGCCUUCCAUCUCCCUCCCCACCUCCUGCUCCCCCAACAUCCACCGCGGCUCUCUGACCGACCCCUCUGACGCUAUCUUAUCCACCUGCUCCGCCUCCAUUUUGACCUGUGACACUAAACCCACCACAGCCUACUCUGACUCCCUCCCCUCCCUCACCUCCUUGGACACUUUCACCUUUGACCUCGGCCCUUCCCUCAUGAGCGAGGUGUUCAGUCUGAUCGACAGUCACCUGGAGGAUCCUGGGCACACCUGGGAUGUGGAGGAGGCAGGGUCGGCGUGCGGGCUGACCAAUGAGGGAUCAGAAAUGGACUCAGCUACUAUUUCAUACGUGGAUUCACUGCUGCGGGAGGACUGUGGGCUGAGUAAGAGCCCGCAUGAGGCCCAGUGGGAAGAGGAAGAGGAGGGCAGUGUGAUGGAGGAGAACAAUGUUGGGCUUUCUGGUGAAGUUCCUGAUGUGGUAAUGGUAUCUCCUGAACGAGUGAAGUUGGGGAUGAGAAUGGAGAGUGAGCGCUUCCAGAGUGCUACUGAUGUGCUUGCACGCCACUAUGGCCUCAGACCCUCAAAGGGACAGAGCAGGAUGGCGGUUGCAGAUUCAGAGAUGAUGAUCAUCGGUCAGCCCAAGAGGAAUAUCUCUUACAACUACAUGGACGACGAGGAUGAAAUCAAAGUCUGAGAUGAGCAAGUAAAGAGGUUCAAACUUUCUGAGUCUUUUUUUGGUCAACGAGGCUGGCUUCCUUGGCAGCGUCCUCUAUAUCUGAUCUUUCACUUUUAUACAGCCAUGCUUCAAGGUUUGACAGUUUCAAUGGAAAACUGUUGCUGAAUGUAUCUUAAAGAAGUUUAGAGACUUAUUAGGAGAACGCUUCCUCUGGAAGACUCUGACUUAUAAAUGACUGAAACAAAAAGGAGGCAAGGAAAGUGAGGAUGUGCCGGGGAAUGUGAUUAAGUCUGUCUCAAAGAAAACACCAUCAUUACUCAAAGCAGAAACAACAGAUCCUGUCAGUCACUUUAAACUGAACACGCUUCCUCACAUGAAAAAGAUUCUUGCUGCAAGUUCUGAUUACUUAUGAAAGGAAAACAUGUCAUCUUGAUUUCAGACUUCACUGCAGUCUUUGUGAACGCUUCACUCAGGAAUACACUACCAAGUAACAAAAGGGAAAGAACAUAAGACACCUGUUAUCUCAGGCCUCUUUAGAUAAAACAGAAACAUGUAAACAUCUGUUAUUAAACUUCAUGGAUUGAGAGAAUCUGACAAGUAAUGCCUGUUUUUGCGAGCUUCAAGGAAGGACUGAAUCUCAUAUUUGCUCAUUUGAUCCUGCAGACCCCCUUUAUAAAUACUCUGUGCACCUUUAUGAUAAUGAAGUCUGACUCCUGUAUUAUUUUUAUAGAAGAUUUGUCAUUUAUUUGAUCUUUUAUACAUGAAGAUAUUAACUGACCUCCUUUUAAUAUGCUUAUGUGCUUUAUGUACUAGUAUGAGCACCUGCAGUACAAUUCUCAUCCUAAUGCUGCAGUCAAUACCAAUGAUACACUAUGAUGAAACUGACAAUAAAGAUAUUUUAGCUGGGUCGAAUAAUGA